UGGAUCUGCCGCGUGCCCGAUGAAGCCGCGACCUGUCUCCAUAGCGACGAGACCCCGGAAAUACACACAGUGAUCAGCUUACUGUGCGUGUUUGUCAGAAAGGAACAGAUUUAUAUCCACCGUGUUUUAUUUUCUUUUUGUUUGUUUCCUCCUGCAAGUGUGUAAGCAUGUCGGAGCUUGAGGCUGAAGUGCAGGGAGAGCCGAGGGACAGCGGCAAGAAGAAGAAAAAGAAAAAGAAAGAGAAGCGAAUGGUCAGUGAGGAAGAGGAGGAGCGGAAACAAGAGGAGCAGGUGGAGAAGGAAGAGGAGCGGAGUGAGAGUGUGUUGAUGCGAGGGAUCUUCAAAGUGGGCAAAAAGAGCCAUGAUGUCCUGCUCACAAGAACCAGACUGACCUGGACCCCCAUCAUCCCGGAGAGUCCCACAGGAGAUGGAAGCGUGCUGGAGGCCGGUGUGCUGCUGCUGCAGGACGUUUACGCCGUGAAGGUGAAGCGGAGGCGCGCAGCGAGCCAACAGUCAGGGGGCGCCGUACUCGGCCUUGCUCUCUUCCACUGCAAGAGGAGAGGAAGGAGGCUAGAGGAGGACACACUGCACCUCCACAAUGCCUCUGCAGAACACACGCACUCCUGGUAUAACACUCUGAAAGAGCUGCUCACAGGAUUCAGCAGCCGUCCCAGGUAUGUGAAGGUGUUCAUCAACCCAAGCAGCCACAAGAAGGAGGCCGUUCAUAUCUACAGAGACCAUGUGGCUCCCCUUUUCAAGAUGGCUGACAUCCGCACUGACAUCACAGUAACUGAUAGGAAGGGUCAUGCUCUCUCAGUGAUGAAGGAAUGCAAACUGGAUGAAUAUGAUGGGGCGGUGUGUGUUGGUGGGGACGGAUCAGUGGCGGAGCUGUGCCAUGCUUUGGUUCUCAGAGCUCAGCUAGACGCAAACUCUCCAGAAAAACCAGUGAGAGCAGCGCUGCCACUGGGAAUCAUUCCUGCCGGUUCUACAGAUGUUGUUUCUUGUUCUGUCCAUGGAGUCAGAGAUCCAGUCACAGCAGCUCUCCACAUUGUUUUAGGUCACCUGCAGCAGGUGGACAUGUGCAGCUUCUUGUCUAACGGUCAGCUGGUGCGUUUCGGAUUCUCCGCCAUGUUUGGUUUUGGUGGCCGGAGCUUAGCGCGGGCAGAAAAGAAGAGAUGGAUGUCAUCGUCACGCCGACGAGAGUAUGCCCUGGUGAAGACGCUGGCCAGGCUAAGACCAGAAGACUGUCAGCUGUCAUUUUUACCGGCACAAAACUCACGCGGCGGUUUGUUUGGGUACCGAGACCAGAGCAAAGACCAAGAACAGGAGUCAGAUUCAGACGUGGAGGAGUCUUGGAUGAGCAAUCAGGGGUUGUAUCUCAGCAUCAGCAUCAUGUCUAUCCCCUGUCUGAGCCCACAUGCGCCUCAAGGACUGGCUCCAAACACCAGUUUAGACAACGGCAGUGCCUCACUGAUUGCAGUAGGUAAUGCUUCCAGGUCAGAGUUCAUCAAGCACCUCAAGAGGUACAGCAGCUCUAGUGGACAGUUCAGCUUCCCCUUUGUGGAGACGCACUCUGUGUCAGCGGUGAAGAUUCGGCCCCGCUCACUGAUUGGCUGGUCUGAGGAGGAGAGCGACGAAGAGGGAGAGUCCAAAACUGCACCGAUCAUCCAAUCAGAGGGAGCCGCCUUCCCCUGGAACAUCGAUGGAGAGCUGGUGGAGAUCCCCAAUGAAGUGUUCAUAAGGGUCCAUCCAAGACUCAUCACUCUGUACGGAGAGGAGGUGGAUGAGGCAGAGUCAACCAUCACGUGCAGCUGCCUCUGACAACAAUACGGAGCUCUGCUCAACUUCUGCCGCCAUGGUAACCAGUCCCACAAUGUGCUUCCCACACUCACUGGCAACGUUAUUGUAAUGUAAAGAGGAAGAAAAUUAUGUUUUUAAGAACUAUUUACAGAAAAAGGCCCACACCAUCACACGUCCUCCACCGUACCCAAUGGUUGGCAGCACCUACAGCAGAACUCGGCUGAUAAAGAUUGUUCUCUGUUUAAAUUAAUGUUUACAUGUACAAUUUUCCAAGAUUUUGUUUUACUUACUGUAAUCUUUUGUUAGUGUGGGUUUCUGCAAGCCAGUUUUUAUCUGUUUGUGUUAAAUUACUCACAUUUUGACAUUUUUUUUAC